ACCCCGAGGCGCGACCCGACCGGCCCGCGUGGAGUCCCGGCAGGGCCAGGUCAGGCCGUCCGGAGCCGGUGGCGUGCGGUGUAGGCUGAGGGCCAGCGGGGACGUGCGGCAGAAGCCAAGAGCAUGAGGACCUGGGGCGCCGAGCUGCUCUGCGCCGCCGCGCUGCUCCUGGGGGCUGCGGGGGCUGCAGCCCAAGAUACCUGCAGCCGAAAUGAGUUUCAGUGCCAGGACGGGAAAUGCAUCUCCAGACGGUGGAUCUGUGAUGGCAGCCCUGAGUGUCCAGACGGCUCGGAUGAAUCCCGGGAGACCUGCACGUCUGUCACCUGCAAAGCGGACGACUUCAGUUGCGGAGGCCUCGUCAACCGCUGCAUCCCUGACUCCUGGCGAUGUGAUGGCCAGAUAGACUGCCAAAACGGCUCAGACGAGCAAGGCUGUGGCCCCAGGACCUGCUCGGCCGGGGAGUUCCGCUGCCAGGACGGCAGGUGCAUCUCGCAGCAGUUCGUGUGCGACGGGGACCGGGACUGCCUGGACGGUGCGGACGAGCUGGCCUGCCCGGCGCGCACCUGCGGCCCAGCCGACUUCCGCUGCAACUCGUCGGCCUGCAUCCCCGAGCUGUGGGCCUGCGACCAGGACCCGGACUGCGACGACGGCUCGGACGAGUGGCCGCAGCGGUGCGGGGCGGCGCCGGCCCCGCCCGGCCCCUGUGCGGCGCUCGAGUUCCACUGCGGCAGCGGCGAGUGCGUGCACAUCAGCUGGCGCUGCGACGGCGGGGCCGACUGCCGCGACCGGUCCGACGAGCACGCCUGCGCUGUGGCCACCUGCCGCCCUGACGAGUUCCGGUGCUCCGACGGGUCCUGCGUCCACGGCAGCCGCCAGUGUGACGGGGAGUACGACUGCAGCGACAUGAGUGACGAGCUCGGCUGUGCCAACGUGACACUGUGUGAGGGUCCCAACAAGUUCAAGUGCCACAGCGGGGAGUGCAUUGCCAUGGACAAAGUGUGCGACUCGGCCAGGGACUGCCGGGACUGGUCUGACGAGCCCAUCAAGGAGUGUGGGACCAAUGAGUGUGCUGACAACAAUGGGGGCUGUUCUCACGAAUGCCAGGACCUCAAGAUUGGCCACCAGUGCCUGUGCCCCAACGGCUUCCGGCUAGUGGACCAGCACAGGUGCCAAGAUAUAGAUGAGUGUCAGGAGCUUGACACGUGCAGCCAGCGAUGCGUGAACCUGGAGGGCGGCUACAAAUGUGAGUGCGAGACGGGCUUCCAGAUGGACCCCCACACCAAAGCCUGCAAGGCUGUGGGCUCCAUCGCCUACCUUUUCUUCACCAACCGCCAUGAGGUGAGGAAGAUGACGCUGGACCGCAGCGAGUACGUCAGCCUCAUCCCCAACUUGAAGAACGUGGUUGCUCUGGAUACCGAGGUGGCCAGCAACAGAAUCUACUGGUCCGACAUCUCCCAAAGAAAGAUCUACAGCACCCAGAUCGACCGUGCCCCCAACGCGUCCUACAACACCAUCCUCAGCGUCAACCUGCAGGCCCCUGACGGGCUGGCUGUGGACUGGAUCCACGGCCACAUCUACUGGACCGACUCCGUCCUGGGCACCGUGUCUGUGGCCGACACCAGGGGCUCCAAGAGGAAGACGCUGGUGCAGAAGAGUGGCUCCAAGCCGCGGGCCAUCGUGGUGGACCCGGUGCAUGGCUUCAUGUACUGGACAGACUGGGGCACCCCUGCCAAGAUCGAGAAAGGUGGCCUGAAUGGCAUGGAUGUGUACUCGCUGGUGACAGAAGACAUCCAGUGGCCCAAUGGCAUCACUUUGGAUCUUGCCAGUGGCCGCCUCUACUGGGUUGAUUCCAAACUCCACUCCAUCUCCAGCAUCGAUGUCAACGGAGGUAAUCGAAAGAUCAUCCUAGAAGAUGAGAAGCGGCUAGCUCACCCUUUCUCCUUGGCCAUCUUUGAGGAGAAAGUAUUUUGGACAGAUAUCAUCAAUGAAGCCAUUUACAGUGCCAAUCGCCUCACUGGCUCAGAUGUGAAUUUGAUGGCCGAAAACCUCUUGUCCCCUGAAGAUAUUGUCUUGUUCCACAAUAUCACCCAGCCAAGAGGAGUAAACUGGUGUGAGAGGACCGCUCUCCCCAAUGGUGGCUGCCAAUAUCUGUGUCUGCCUGCUCCUCAGAUCAACUCCCACUCCCCGAAGUUCACCUGUGUCUGUCCAGACGGCAUACUGCUUGCCAAGGACAUGAGGAGCUGCCUCCCAGAGGCGGAGCCUGUACCAAGCACUCAGAGGCCAGCCACCAUCAAAACUGUGGUCAGCACUACAACAGGGAAACCAAGGCACAAAGACACCCAGCCUGUUUCCAGCACUUGGAGGAGCCCGGUGGGCACAGUGGCACUCACCACGGCGCAGUCCCUGAUCAUGUCCUCACAAGCUCAGGGAGACGUGGCUGGCAGAGGCGCCGAGGGGCAGCGGCAGGGGGUGGGAGCCCUGUCCAUCGUGCUCCCCCUUGCCCUGCUCGGCCUCCUGGGCUUCGUGGCCUUCCUGGUCUGGAAGAACUGGCGCUUGAAGAACGUGAACAGCAUAAAUUUCGACAACCCCGUGUACCAGAAGACAACGACGGAGGAUGAGGUCCACAUCUGCCGCAACCAGGACGGCUACACCUACCCCUCGAGACAGAUGGUCAGCCUGGAGGACGACCUGGCGUGACCCCCAACGCCGGGCCUGGAGGCGGAGCCGGCCCGCGACCCCGGAUGAAGACCCUGG